AGAAUGGCGGCCACCGGGGUGAAGGCUGCCGCUGGUCCGGGGGAGAAGGUGUCCGCGGGGCCGGAGGGCGAGGAACAGCCGCGGGAACUGCCCUCAGAGGAGCUGCAGCCGCACAGGCGCCACAGCCUUGAGCACCUCGACACCCUGACCACCGUGGGGACUGGUACCUUUGGGCGAGUUCUCCUUGUUAAGGACAAGAUGACAAAAGAAUACCGAGCCUUGAAGGUGAUGAGCAUUCCUGAUGUGAUUAGACUGAAGCAGGAACAGCAUGUUCACAAUGAGAAAAGCAUCUUAAAAGAAACCAAUCACCCAUUUCUCAUAUCCCUGUACUGGACACAUCACGAUGAUCGCUUUCUAUAUAUGUUAAUGGAAUAUGUACCCGGAGGAGAACUAUUUUCUUUCUUACGUAACAUGGGACGAUUCAACAAUAGUACUGGACUUUUUUACUCUGCGGAGAUUGUGUGUGCAAUAGAAUAUCUACAUGCCAAAGACGUCGUUUACAGAGACUUAAAGCCUGAGAAUAUUCUACUGGACAGAGAAGGUCAUAUUAAGCUUACAGAUUUUGGAUUUGCAAAGAAACUCAUUGAUCGAACAUGGACAUUAUGUGGGACCCCAGAAUAUCUUGCACCAGAAGUGAUACAGAGCAAAGGCCACGGGAGGGCAGUGGACUGGUGGGCGCUAGGUGUGCUCAUGUUUGAAAUGCUAUCAGGGUACCCACCAUUUUUUGAUGACAACCCCUUUGGAAUUUAUCAAAAGAUCCUUGCUGGAAAGUUGGAAUUCCCAAAGCAUCUUGAUUUCUAUGUGAAAGACCUCAUAAAGAAACUUCUGGUUAUUGACCGGACAAGACGAUUAGGAAAUAUGAAGAAUGGAGCAGAUGAUAUUAAACGACACAGAUGGUUCAGAUCUGUAGACUGGGAAUCAGUGCCUCAAAGGAAAUUGAAGCCACCGUUAGUACCAAAGUUGUCCCAUGAUGGUGAUACGUCAAACUUUGAAUCCUACCCAGAAAACGAGUGGAAAAAGAUUCCAGCUGUGUCAGCCAAAGAUCUUGAAAUUUUUCAUGACUUUUAAUGUUUGCUCCUGGACAAGAUGUCAAAUGUCAACACUGCUGUGAAGGAUGUGACCAAGGGGGAGAUGCUACAUAAGAAGUAUUGACCAGCUGACGUGGGUUUGUUUGUGUUGGUCCGCUCAGCUGACUCUGGCCUUCUGUUUGUCCCUCGUGCCCUCCGCUCCACCAUCGGCGGCCGUAGUACCUUCAGCCUCUACACCCCGAAACUGGAGCUCUGUCCCUCAAUCCCUCUGCCUCCCCACCUUCAAAUCCCGCUUAAAGACCU